GCAUCCGUCACCGGAAAUGACGUUUGUUGCGAAACCCCUUUUCAUUGGACGCCUACGGAAAGUGACGACACCCCUGCUCAGAUGAACCGCUGGACAACUGCCCGCAUCACUCAGACGCAGAGCAGUAGCGCACCCUCAGGCGGCCAGAGGACACAGAGGAACAAGGAGCGAUGUCGAAGCAACACCCAAAAGAAGGAGGUGGAGGAAGAAGGAGGACAGGGUUUUGGCAAAGAGAGAAAGGAAACGGUUCCCAGAGCGUCCUGCCAAACCAUGUGCCCCGCUCAGGAGCUGCGGGAACGCGAGUCUCAGAACCGGCUUCACCAUUUCGAAGUGGUCCCGGGCACCGAGGCGUUUCGAAAGCCGAGUGGAGAUCCUCUUCGUGCCGUCAAGGAAUAUUCCAGACCAGCGGCGGGGAAAGAUGCGGCGAAGCCCUCUGACCUGCGGCUGCCCGACGUGCUGCUCAGGACCGUUUGCUACCUCAUUGAUGAGAUCGUAGGGUCACCUAGUCCGCACCCGUGGACUGAGGUGUACAGCUUCGUGUUUGAUCGGCUGCGUAGCGUGAAACAGGACAUGAUCAUCCAAAGGUUGUCGGGAAAGGACUGCGUGGCCAUUUUGGAGCGAACGGUGCGUUUCCACAUCUACGCUUCUUACCGUCUUUGCGGGGAGCCACUGCGGAUUUACGAUCCGCGCAUCAACGACACGCACCUACAGGAAUACCUGAGCUGGCUGUUUGACUGCUACAAAACUGGAGCGGGACCGUAUCCGAACCAGGAGGAGUUUCAGGCUCUCGGUUUGCUCUACAACCUGGGCUCAAGCGCCGCCACGCAGCACGUCCUGGAGCUCCCCGUGCGCCUGCGCCAGACGCCUUCCGUCAAACUCGCACUAGCAAUCAGUCAAGCGUUUCUGGCAGGGAACCCCGUGCGUUUACUCCGACUAGCCCAGAAGCUGGACUUCCUGCAGGCCUGCGCCCUGCACCGCCACCUGGUGACGUGCCGCAGACACCUGCUGCUGAUUUACAGCCACGGAUUCAGCAGCCGCAACUGCCGCUUCCCUCUGGACAGACUCGCCCGGCUCUCGUCCCUGGAGGCGCCCCUCGCAGCGGGACUUUGUCGGGCGUACGGCGUCGAGGUCAAUCAGCACAACCAGGUGGUGUUUUCCAAAAGUGCCUUCGCUGAGCCGGCACAGGGGAGGCUGGAGUGCAAACUGUACCACGGCAUAGUGUCUGAGAAAGAGAGAGGUCUCGCCGUUAAGAGCAUCAUCCACGGCUGUUCCUGACGCAGAUGUUUGGCUGCCAGUCAGAGCUCGUGAUGCCUCAUUAGUAGCAUGGAAAGGGUCUGUUGCUGUAACACGGAGGUUCAGGUUUCAUUUCAGAUACGACUGCGGAGUUUAACCUGCGUUCCACAGUUUUGUUCCAGCGUGGACGGCACAGCUGCGUGUUUUACUGAACAAAGACAGUUUUAUGGCCGUAGUUGCAGAUUUCUCAAUGUUCUGCUGCGCGACACGUUACAAACUCAAAUCAGUGGUCACACCUCAGGGCUCUGAACUGCUUCGAAAUGCUGUAUAGUGUUGAUUUUUGUUAUUGUGACUAUUAUUAUUAUUUUUUUUUUCAUUGAAUGUGAUGUAAUUGGCGUUAAGAGAGCCCAUGUGUGUUAUCUCCAAAGGCUGACAGUUUGUUAUAAAAUGCUGGAUUAUUUGUGUUAUUUUUGUGUUGUCUCAUAAAACAUUCAGGGGAUUUUUUUUAAUUUGCAUUCAUCUUGAUUCGUUUUUAUUGAGCCAACAUUUUACUGUGAAACCAUUUCAAUAAAUAUUUGUUACCAAA